AUGGAGAGCCUGCCGCUACUUCGUGCCCGAGGAGAGGUCAUCCGGGGUUUCGUGAGGAGGAAGCAAAGAAAACUUGGGGAUUCCUUAUCAGCCAACUUCCCUGACUCAGUGGUGGACAAUCUUCCAGCAGAUAUCAGCACAGGGAUUUACUACGGCUGGGCCUGUGUUGGCAAUGGUGAUGUCUACAAAAUGGUGAUGAGCAUUGGCUGGAACCCGUACUACAAAAACACCAAGAAGUCCAUGGAGACCCAUGUGAUUCAGACAUUCAAAGAGGACUUUUAUGGAGAGAUUCUCAGUGUUGUCAUGGUGGGCUACAUCCGUCCAGAGAGAAGCUACGAUUCACUUGAAGCCCUCAUUACGGCCAUCAACAACGACAUUGAGGAGGCCAAACUCAAGCUUGAGCUCCCAGAGCAUCUCAAACUGAGAGAAGACAACUUCUUCACCAGCGCUCCCAGCUUGUCUUCAUCCAUGCCCCCCACCACAGCAUCAACGUCACAGACUAUUAUGAAUGGUCACUGACAGCUGGCUGUGACUGCAGAACACCGAACACAACACACGCACACUGCUACA